CGCGCAGAGCUGCGGCCACUCCGGACAUGUCGGGCCCGCGCGCCGGCUUCUACCGGCAGGAGCUGAACAAGACACUGUGGGAGGUGCCGCAGCGGCUGCAGGGGCUGCGCCCGGUGGGCUCGGGCGCCUACGGCUCAGUCUGCUCGGCCUAUGACACGCGGCUGCGCCAGAGGGUGGCGGUGAAGAAGCUGUCGCGGCCCUUCCAGUCUCUGAUCCACGCGCGGAGGACCUACCGCGAGCUGCGGCUGCUCAAACACCUGAAGCACGAGAACGUCAUCGGGCUACUGGACGUGUUCACGCCAGCCACCUCCCUCGAGGACUUCAGCGAAGUGUACCUGGUGACCACGCUGAUGGGCGCCGACCUGAACAACAUCGUCAAGUGCCAGGCGCUGAGCGACGAGCACGUCCAGUUCCUGGUGUACCAGCUGCUGCGCGGGCUAAAGUACAUCCACUCGGCCGGGAUCAUCCACCGGGACCUGAAGCCCAGCAACGUGGCUGUGAACGAGGACUGCGAGCUGAGGAUCCUUGACUUCGGGCUGGCGCGCCAGGCAGACGAGGAGAUGACUGGCUACGUGGCCACGCGCUGGUACAGGGCCCCCGAGAUCAUGCUGAACUGGAUGCACUACAACCAGACAGUGGACAUCUGGUCCGUGGGCUGCAUCAUGGCUGAGCUGCUCCAGGGAAAGGCUCUCUUCCCCGGAAAUGACUACAUCGACCAGCUGAAGCGUAUCAUGGAGGUGGUGGGCACACCCAGCCCUGAAGUUCUAGCAAAGAUAUCCUCGGAACAUGCCCGGACCUACAUCCAGUCCCUGCCCCCCAUGCCCCAGAAGGACCUCAGGAGCAUCUUCCGCGGAGCCAACCCCCUGGCUGUGGAUCUCCUGGGCAGGAUGCUGGUGCUGGACAGUGACCAAAGGGUCAGCGCAGCCGAGGCCCUGGCCCACGCCUACUUCAGCCAGUACCAUGACCCGGAGGACGAGCCCGAGGCGGAGCCCUACGACGAGAGCGUGGAGGCCAAGGAGCGCACGGUGGAGGAGUGGAAGGAGCUCACCUACCAGGAAGUCCUCAGCUUCAAGCCCCCAGAGCCCCCGCAGCCGCUGGGCAGCCUGGACGUUGUGCAGUGAUGAAAUGCCCCCUGCCAGCCGCCCUCUGGGACCCAAGCGGGGGCCUGAGCCCACCUGCCGCCAGCUCUGGCCUGCCAGACCCCCAUGGGGGGCGCCUGCCUUGAGGCCACCACAGCCAGUGGCACCCAGCCCUGGCCUGGGACCCCCGUCCUCACGCUGCGCCUUCUGGGGAACCUGCACGUGUGUGGAUGCCUGCACGGGCGUGAGCCGUGGGCGUGGGAGUCUGGGCACAGCGUCCUGCACGUCCUUGUUCUCUUGCCCCCUCCCGAAGUCCCCUUUAGGGCCUCCUUGGGAGGACCUGGGUGCCAAAAGACCUCUCCCUGGGCAGUGUGUGUGUGUUUCCAGACCUGGAUCCCAGAGGGCUGGCUCUGGGCGGGGGGUAAGUACACUGGGGCGGGAGCCUCCUUGCACAAAGGAAGAGUCUUGAUGGUCAGAGCUGCUCGGUCUGCAAGUGAGGGGUUCCCUUCAAAAGUGCUGAGGCUCAAAGGGUCUUCCAUGGGGGUGGCGGAGUGGGGCGGCUGCCUGGAGCCACAUGUCCACCCAUGCUGUACGCACCGCAUGUGUCCUGGAAUCCACACAUCCCAGCAGACGCAGGCGUGUGUGAGUCUGAGGGCCCCUGGGAGCCUGCGGUGUGACCAGCCGCAGGCCCAAGUGCGGGUGACUGUACUGUUGCCUCCCCUGCCUUCAGUCCUCAAUGUGGGUGGGGCGCGAGGCUUUGCUAAGAGCCUGCUGGGCGGCGUGCAAGGGGCUCAGGUGGCCACGGGCAUCCCUGUGGGCAAACCCCCUCUCUCCUUGGACAUGGGAGCUGCAGCAGAUUCCUGAGGCACGGGGCCCCAGGCCCGCUGGGGGCCUGGCAGGCUUGGGGGGCUCCGGCCUCGAGGAGGCGCCCACCAGUGUGGAGGUGGAUCCUGGCCCCAGGCGGACGGAGAGACCUGUGCCAGCCCCACCUCUGCCGCCCUUGGUCCUGCUGCAGGGACCUGGGGUGCUCUAAUCUGUGGGUCUGCCCUUGUCCUCCGUCCUUCCAGAGCGGAGGGGACCCAGCGACCUCUGGGACAGGAACCCUCCAGAUGUGUUGGGGGUGUGGGCCCGCCAUCAAGGGGCUUCUCUGUCAGGUGGUGACCUCUCACCCUCCAGGACCAGGGAGGUCUGAGUGUCAAGUGCCUGCACGGGGGUUUUGCAAUAAAGGGGGUCCUGUCCCCCACUUGGCUCGUG